AUGACAUUUGGAGGAAAAACGGUGGUUCUUGGUGGUGAUUUUCGACAAAUACUGCCUCAAAAUUGUAAGGUUCUAAGAUUGACUAAGAAUUUGAGACUACAAAGAUUGGGCAAUGAUGACAGUGCUGAACAUAUCAAUUCGUUUUCGAAGUGGAUAGCUGGUAUAGGUGAUGGUUUGAUUGGUGGUCCAAAUGAUGGGUGUGCAGUAAUAAAUAUUCCGGAACAAAAUGUAUUGCGGCCACAUGGAGAUUCGAUAUCAGCUAUAGUAAAUAGUACAUUCCCGGAAUUUUGCUCAGGUAAUUUUGAUAUGGAAUCUCUUAAUGGUCGAGCUAUUUUGGCUCCAACUUUGGAUUUAGUGCAUGAAAUCAAUGAUUACAUGAGUGGCUUGAAUCCGACAGCUAUUAGAACUUACUUCAGUUCUGAUUCUGUUUGUCAAUUAGAUUCUGGUGUUGACACUUUAGCUGGUUUACAUACAACAGAGUUUCUUAACACGUUGAAAUGCUCGGGUAUUCCAAAUCAUUGCCUUAUGUUGCAAGUUGGAUCUCCAGUUAUGUUGUUGCGCAAUAUUGACUACACUCUUGGCUUGUGUAAUGGUAUGCGAUUAGUCAUUACUAAAUUGGGAGAUCAUGUUGUUGAAGCGAAAGUGAUGUCAGGAAGUAGUAUGGGUACACGAGUUUUAAUUCCAAGAUUGUCAUUGACACCGUCUGAUCCUCGAUUGCCAUUUAAGUUCCAAAGGAGGCAAUUUCCUUUAAUGUUGUCAUAUGCAAUGACAAUAAAUAAGAGUCAAGGACAAAGUCUUACAAAUGUUGGCUUACUUCUGAAAAAACCUGUUUUUGUGCAUGGACAAUUGUAUGUGACUUUGUCUAGAGUUGACAAUCCAAAUGGUCUUAAAGUGGUUGUUUUGAGUGAGAAUGGGGAGUAUUCUUCUUCAACGGUAAAUGUUGUAUAUCACGAGGUUUUUAAAAAUUUGUAA